AUGAAUUAUAGUGUUGUGUACCGCUGGUCAACUACCCGCUGGUCCUACCCGCUAGUCAACUACCCGCUGGUCAACUACCCUGCUGGUCAACUACCCCGCUGGUCACUACCGCUGGUCAACUACCCCACUAGUCAACUACCCCGCUGGUCAACUACCUGCUGGUCAACUACCCCACUGGUCAACUACCCCGUUGGUCACUACCCCGUUGGUCAACUACCCCGCUGGUCAACUACUGUUGGUCCCUACUGCGUUGGUCAACUACCCUCUGUCAACUACCCGCUGGUCAACUACCCGCUGGUCAACUACCCACUAGUCAAGCUACCCCUCAACUACCCGCUGGUCAACUCCCUACUGGAUAACUACCCCGCCGGUCAACUACCCGCUAGUUCGCUACCCGCUGGUCAACUACCCCGCGGUCGCUACCCGUUGGUCACUACCCGCUGGUCAACUACCCCGUUGGUCAACACCCCGUUGGUCAACUACCCCGUGGUCAACUACCCGCUGGUCAACUACCCCACUAGUCAACUACCCCUGGUCAACUGCCGCUGGUCAACUACCCCGCGUGGUCGCUACCCCGUUGGUCAACUACCCCGCUGGUCAACUACCCGCUGGUCAACUACCCCACUAGUCAACUACCCGCUGGUCAACUACCCGCUGGUCAACUACCCGCUGGUCAACUACCCACUGGUCAACUACCCGCUGGUCCUACCCCGCUGGUCACUACCUGGUCAGCACCCGCUGGUCAACUACCCAGCUGGUCAGCUACCCGCUGGUCAGCUACCCCGCUGGUCAACUACCCCGCUGGUCAACUACCCCGCUGGUCAACUACGUUAG